AUGACCGCCAGCGCCUUUGCCCAUUACCGGAAGUACGCCUGGGGCAAACCUGCAUUGGCGCCUCUCAGCCGGAAAAGCACCCACACCAAUAUGACUGGUCCUCUUCCCGGGCAAACCAUCGUCUACGCCAUGAGCACCUUCUGGGUGAUGGACCUCAAAGAGGAGUGGGCGGCCGGAAGGGAAUGGAUUGCCAACCACCUCCGCCUCGACGACGUGAACGCCCAACUUGAUGUUCACUACACCAUCUCUUUCUACAUUGGUUCGCUUCUCUCCGCCUACGCCCUCAGCGGUGAUCAGGUGCUGCUGAUCAAAGCGAUCGAGGUGUUCAACGCCUUGCCUAAAAAUGGCCUUUUUGAUCUAGGUUCUGGACUUACGCCGCAAAAGUUUAACCCUAAAACGAACACUUACGAGCAUACAGCGAACUACAUCUCUUUUCAAGUUCCAGAGCUAAUUUACCUUUUUAACCUGACAAGGAAUCAAGAAAUCGGCGACUGGCUAGCAAAAGGACGAGCCGAAUUACGCAAGAGAAGUGGAGUUCACACAUUUGAAAAGAAAACAGGUUUCUGGGAGCCAGCCAAAUACGCCUGGAGAGAAAUUUCAGGCCACUUUGACGACAUGCUUUCUUCGUACAAUCAACUUGGUCAAUGGGACACUGAAUU